AGCCGCUGCCUUCAAACGGGAAGUCGACUCAAGGCGUCGCAGCCAUGGCAGUUCGGCGCAGGACGGGCUCUCUGCUCCUGGCUUGCCUCGCGAGCCUCGCCCUGCGUGAGGCCUUCGUACCUCAAGGCGUCUCCCGGAGCUUCUGGCGGGCGCUGCCGGGUUUGAGCCUCGCGGGCUUCGCGGCGCCCAGUUGGGCGGACAAGGGGGUGACCAAGCCUUGGAGCAAACGACCCGACGGCGGGGAGGACGAAAUCCACGUGGGCGGCGUCGAAUGGGACGAAGACGUGAAGGUGGGCACAGGGGCCUCCCCGCAGAUCGGGGACCAGAUUGGUCUGCGGUACACCCUGAAGGCCUUCGUGCGGGAGAGAGAAGUCGUCGUAGAGGAUAUCAAGGACAAGGCCAAGGACUUCAGAUUCGGCGUGGGUCAGCUUCUCCCGGGCAUGGACGAGGGCAUCCAGGGCAUGAAGACUGGGGGCGUGCGGAAAUGCGGAUCCCCGGGAACUUGGCCUUCGGCGAGAGGGGCUUGCCCUCGGCGCCCGGGCGCAUGGCACUGCCCCCCUUUCAGCCGGUGGAGGCCACCGUUACCCUGGACUUCAUCCCAGGAGCAGACUCCGUGUAUGACUACGGAAGCCAGGACGACGCGUGAUCUGGAAGCCGGGUAAACAGACUGAUUUUUCGGCGCGAAUCGUAUGAAUCGGCCGCCUUUUCCGCACACCUCGAGGUGUCGUCCGGCAGUUGCGAUGCGGGCCAUGGC